ACCCGCGUCUCACUCGGCGGCUGCAGACAGUCUUUCCCCGCUGUCGUAUUAAUUGGCCUCCGUCUGUUUCCCGAGCCGGACGCCAACAGCUGCGCAUCGCCUGGCUUCAUUUUCAUUCGGCUGCUUCAGCCCGAGCGCCGUGCGCCUCGCAGCGCUUAUUUGCGCGGCAGGUCUCCACUCCGCCGAGGCUGUAACACUUGUUACCGCGGCCGCCGCACCAGUAACGGCGCACCUGAGUUGAGUUCAGACAUCCCGCGGUCCGCGGAGAGCCGCCGAGCCCGUGAUCCGCCCACGGAGCGGCCGCGAAGUUCAGUUCGUCUCUGAAUGCAAUACUUACAGCAGCUCGACUGCCGGCGAUGCGUGAGCUAGAAUACAAGGACGGGAGUGGUUGUUCCGUUUUACCCUGAAUUUUAUAUAGAAUUGAUAGAUAGGCUGUUUGGUAAUAAUUCGAAAUCAUCCCCGGCGCGGCCAAGUUGCUGUGCUGUGCUGCACCGCGAUAUUUCCGUGGAGAAAAAAUAACCAAGGCGGUAAAAUAUAUACAACAGUAUAAUAAUAACCGGUGUCAUAUUUUUUUGCCAUAUUUAUCGAAUUGUGCAGUUGAGGUAGUUUUCAUUAUAAGGGAAAAAAAUACAAUAUUUUUUAUUUAAAAACCAGUUGGUGAGAGAUGAAGGCGAAAAACAGGGAUCAGAGCUUUUCAGAUUCAAGGGAACUGGACGGCUCCUACGACCAGCUCACCGGUAACCCUUCCUCCAGCCAAAACAAAAAAACCAUAAAGCAGAGAUUCCUCAAACUGCUGCCGUGCUGUGGGCCGAGCUCCACCCCCACAGUCAGUCAAUACAGUGUGGAGGACGACUUUGAGCUCUCCACGGUGUGUUACCGGCCCGAGGGCCUCGACAAGCUGCUGGAACAGACCAAGUUCACCAAGAAGGAGCUGCAGAUUCUCUACCGGGGCUUCAAAAACGAGUGCCCCAGUGGAAUCGUCAAUGAGGAGGCAUUCAAGCUCAUCUACUCGCAGUUUUUCCCCCAGGGAGAUUCCAGCACAUAUGCACACUUCCUUUUUGAAGCAUUUGACACUAACAAGAAUGGCUCUGUCAGUUUUGAGGACUUUGUCAUGGGCCUGUCCAUCAUCCUCAGGGGCUCCAUUAAUGACCGGCUGAACUGGGCCUUCAACCUAUACGACCUCAACAAGGAUGGUUGUAUUACCAAAGAGGAGAUGCUGGACAUCAUGAAGUCCAUCUAUGACAUGAUGGGCAAGUGGACUUAUCCAUGCAUGCAGGACAAUGCCCCCAAGGAGCACGUGGAAAACUUCUUCCAGAAAAUGGACCGUAACAAUGACGGAGUGGUGACCAUCGACGAGUUCAUCGAGUCGUGCCAAAAGGAUGAAAACAUCAUGCAGUCCAUGCAGCUCUUCGACAACGUCAUCUAAAGCGUUUCCAUGGAGACAGGACGUCGGCUGGGGCGAGCUUUUCAGUGCAUGCCGUCCGGGCUCCUUCCUGGCCCGUGUUAGACCAGACUCUGCCUCCCCCCAGCCCCACCAUUCCCCAUCAGCCUUGCCAAAACUCCUAAGCCCCCGGCCCUAGUCCUCCCGACCUCGCUGAGGAUAGCAGCCUUUGUCAUUCCGGUUCGUCACACGAUCCCCCAAAUGCGGAAAAUCUGGCAGGAAGAGGUUUUCGCAGCCAGCUUCACAGUCAUCCUCGUUAUGUCCCCAGAGAGACCUCUCUUCUCAUUGCGUCCCCAGAGAGACCUGUCUCCUCGUUAUGUCCCCAGAGAGACCUGUGUCCUCGUUAUGUCCCCAGAGAGACCUGUCUCCUCGUUGCGUCCCCAGAGAGACCUGUCUCCUCGUUAUGUCCCCAGAGAGACCUGUCUCCUCGUUGCAUCGCCGGCAGCCUCCUUGCCCUUUGGAGGUCAGGUGACUCGCACAAAGCUUGAGGGGUUCGGGGUCGUGGAAGGGUUAGGUCAUACUCUAGUCAUGGCGGAGCAGUUCCCGACAUUCCAUCUGAAUAAUCUGGAAAAACCAGCAGCCAUCUUCAGCAGCAAGUCCAUUGUUCUUUUUCUUUUUUCACACCAUCGUGAUGUGCCCUGCUGUCGUGUAGACGCCUUCGUCACUUUUUGGCUCAAUGGCCGUUACCAGCCUAUUGUUCACCCAUUCAAUCAGUCGAUUGAUCUAGCACGGUAAAGUAUUAGUGAGCGGUUACGUGAUUGUUUAGCAGCGCCAAUCCCACCCCCAGUGAUAGUUAUAUAUGACACAACCCACAGGAAUGUCUUCCAAGACAUUCACACUCAGUCUCCUGCAUAAUAUACCCUUAACUGUUGUUUAGGGUUAACUGAUUUCAAACUCUAUAUGUGCUCCUCUAAAGCAUAAGAAACGUGUUAUAUGACCAGAGAAUGGCUUUUAGGACCAAUAAAGGGUCCUUGGGUUUGCACAUCCAUCAAGCGUCACAAUGAAGUAGUGGACAGCCGGACAGAUCUGUGAGAUGUCGAGGUCCGGCCCAGACAGCCGGAAAGGAUCUGCAAGACGUCGAGGUCAAGCGUAGACAGCCGCAAGGAUCUGCAAGACGUCGAGGUCCAGCCCAGACAGCCGGAAGGAUCUGCAAGACGUCGAGGUCAAGCGUAGACAGCCGGAAGGAUCUGCAAGACAUCGAGGUCAAGCGUAGACAUCCGGAAGGUUCUGCAAGACUUCGAGGUCCAGCGCAGACAGCCGGACAGAUCUGCAAGACGUCGAGGUCCAGCCAAGACAGCCGGAAGGAUCUGCAAGACGUCGAGGUCCAUCGUAGACAGCCGGACAGAUCUGCAAGACGUCGAGGUCCAGCCCAGACAGCCGGAAGGAUCUGCAAGACGUCGAGGUCCAGCCCAGACAGCCGGAAGGAUCUGCAAGACGUCGAGGUCCAGCGUAGACAGCCGGACAAAUCUGCAAGACGUCGAGGUCCAGCGUAGACAGCCGGACAGAUCUGCAAGACGUCAAGGUCCAGCCCAGACAGCCGGACAAAUCUGCCAGACAUGGAAGAUUGGCACUAACAAGGCAGCCGCUCUGUUGAAGGCCCCCUACCGAAGUGAACAUCUCAGCUGUGUGGCUUUCACAGUACGUGUCCAAAAGAGCUCUGUCCAUUCUGUAAAUGUUACGACCUGUGAUCAUGUUAAUUUUAGGGUGUGCGUUGUUGGUGCUGCUUUUCCACACAGGCCGCAUUUCCCUGGCGGGGCUUUUACUUACUGAAGACUGUGUUCCCCAUGUGUUCCUAUACAUGCUGUAGGUCUCAGUUAGCACUGAAGCUAAAAUUACCAAUGUCCCAUUCAGUGUCUUAUGGUCACUUAUGAGCAGGCAGGGUUUUUGUGGUGCCUAGAUCAAAGAUGGCGUUGAGGAGAGCUCUGGAUUUUAUUUUGAGCUUGGAGUUGGGUGAUAGGCGUCAACGGCGGCCAUUUUGCUGAACGCCAAUGGAAGUUGCCCCUUUCCUUGGCACUUCCAGCUUUCCCAAAUGGGACCAAGGGACCCGUACGGUGAAAAGAAAGCUGCCGGCUCGUCAGAGAAUGUUUCAGAGCCAGACACGUUAAAAUAUCCAACGGAAGGGAGGGGGGAAAAGUGAUCUUGAAGGACGCUAUAUAAAUUAGAAAAGUAUUCAUUGAAUAAUUGAAUUGUCUUACAGCCUUUGUUCAUUUGAGAAAUGAAUGGAGGUUAAUUGAUGUAUUUGAGCUAUACCACACAGCCUUUUGCGACCGCUUAUAUAUGACGGGAUACAGCUAGCGGCCCAUAAUCUGCAUCACAUUCCUCACUUCUAUGGUAGGAGAAGUUCUCUGUCUACAUGUCCAUGGCCGAUGCCUUUGGUCCACAGCUCAGCCCAGCAUUUGGCUGUAACACGGUUUAUUUUAAGCACGCACUCUCGCAGGGUGUCCCCGAAAAAAGGCGACGCCGAUCGACAGUGUCUUACGCCGGACGGUCGCACCAGCCGGUGGCGGGAGAAGCCGCAGCCAUUGGGCGUCAGUGAAAUAUGGACGUGUGAAACAGACACUUCCGAGCUCUGCAGACACAUCGCCAGCCCGCUGAGCUGCCGAGAUACCCGCCGUCUCCUAACGCGACUGAUGAAUCGCUUUCCGAUUGGCUGCUCACAGCUUGGCAGAAAUGAUCAUCCACGAGAGGGGCAGUUCCCUGUAGGACCUUUUCUGAUGGACUCCGUCAGCCGCAGCCAUAAGCGACUGACUUUGUUGUCUUCCCAGGACUCUCCUUAUUAUUUGCUGACAUGUUUUGGAUCCAUACGUUUCUCACCAGUCCUGACAGUGAUCAGAUUUUCUUUCAAUGAUUUCAUGUUGACAAGUGAGUUCAUUAUGCAAACAACCUAACCUUCCUUCAUAAGAACAAUGGCUCAAGCUGUAUUUGUAAGAAAAUACUUCUUGUGUGGCCGCCCACAGAUAAACAAUUGAAAUAACAAGAAAUUACUUUCAUUUUCAUUGAUAUAAUGAAAUAAACACAGUAAUCUAGAUAUAAAAACAAUGAGAUGUCUAAUAUUCUAAUCAUUACGUUUUAUCAUGAGUAACAAAAUAAGUUUUAUCAUAAAAAUAACAAAGAUUAGUAUCAUUGCAAUGUAGCUGCCCACCCAGCACACAAUUCUUUCAGCGUUGCUAACCAUUCUAUUCAUUCUGUUUCUAUGACAACCAAAACCAUUGAAAUCAACAGUUUGGGAUACACAAUGUUGCUAUUCUUCAGCUUCCCCAGGUAUAAACGUAGGAAGAUCAGGCCAGCAGGAGUAACAUAUUAGAUGGCUCCGAUCGUUCCGAAACGUCCUCGCAGCAUUUGCACAGCAUAACUGGAUUACCAGAGACACAGUCCUAGGGCCCGAGACUGACAUGAGAAUGUGAAUUAUACCUGAGCUGUGACUGACACCUGAUGGGACAUAUUUGGGGAUGUUACGUGAUAGCGGAUAAGGUUGAGAAUGGAAUCUCCAGGAGUGGAAGGCAGUGAGGCUUCGAAGUAGGAGUUGGGCACUAAACCAGCAGCUUUCUACCAGAAAUUAGUGAAAAGUCUUCCAUGGCACAUUGAGGGCCAAAGGCAGGGUGAGGCGUUUCUCAUUUCUCUACAUGACCACAUGUGCUGCUUGACCCUCGGUAGGUUAGUAUUCCGCUCCACUCCCGUCUUUAUUAGAGGGGUUCAGGUUCCAUAGUGUGGAACCGGAGUUUAGAAACCUGAGAAACCCGAGAACAUGGACCAGUCGGCCCAUUUCUUGCUUAUUUUCCAAAGCACUUAAACCUAGUACGGGGUAGUGGCAAUUUGGGGGGGUGUCUUGUUGGUAUUAGAGGUGUUGGGCUUCCAGUAAUAGGGGUGGGGGGGGGUCUUCGGUGACAUGCACCAUUUCAUAGUUAUUGUGUCAUGGGAUGUCAUUCUGGUGACUUCUGUUCUUCUGGAGGGGAAGGGAGAUCUUUCACCGAAGACUUCCUUGCACUAGAUCAGUGUUUCCCAACCCGGUCCUCAGGAACUCCCAGGCGGUUCACGUUUUUUUAAAAAUGUGGACUGUCUGGGAGGGAACUAAAACCUGGACUGUCCGUGGGUUCCCGAGGGCCGGGUUUGGAAGCGUUACACUAGAUGACUGUAGUUUCUGGCCCCUGUAGGUCACUCUGUCUAUUCUCGCAUGCCGUGUGUCUCAAUGACUCCUGAUAACCGUUGUUAUUUCCUGUGUGUCUAGUUGACUGGCCGUCACUGACUGCUUCGCCUUUGAAUGUGUGUAUGAUUUUGUACAGAAGACAAUAAUAAUAAUUAAAAAAAAAUCACUGUU